GGCAUGGAAACGAAAUGUAUGUGAACGUUGAUGGCUCGCAAGUUUCAAAAGAUCGAUCUAAUGUACGGGAAAGUAGUUCUAGGGCCUACAAAACAGAAUUAAAAAUAACUUUUUGAGAAAGGAUCGGUUAUGGAACAACAAUGAGCACAUUAAUUCCAUGGUGUGAAUAAGAGAAGAACUCAACCAUGCUACCUGCUAAUCAGAUACCCAACCAGCAACGCCAACCCCAGCUCCUCUCAUGGCUUCAUGAACAACAGCGCCCUCGACGGUUGCGAAAUAUCAUGGAGAAGGAACGCAACAUGCAGUUUCUCCGUCAGGCCCAGGAAAGGGGUUACUUACAGUCACCCUCGGAGGCUUCAAUUAUCAAGGUAUGCCAAGAACAACAUCAAGAUGUGAGAAAGCUUGAGGAUGUUUUGUUGAUCCGUCUAUGUGGUGUCCACCUUCGGGAUGUUGGUGCUGUGGGCGCCUGCAUGAAUCUCAGGGUCUGCAACCUCGCUGGGAAUUACAUCCGGAGCUUUGAGGCUCUCUCCGCUUGUAGACGAUUAGUCAAGCUGGAUCUCCAUAGCAACCAGAUCAACCAGUUACCUGAUGAGAGGUUUUGGGCGGAAAUGAAUGAGCUGAGAGCAGUUUAUCUCCAUGACAACAGCAUCAGUCGUUUGGACUACUUGCAAGCAGUGGGAGCAGCACCUAACCUCCAGGUCAUGACCUUAUAUGAUACACCAAUCAGCCUGAAGAUGACGUACAGGCAUCACGUCGUUAACAGUGUUUGGUCUUUGAAGGCUCUAGAUAACCAUGUAAUAUCAGAUGAAGAGAUCAUAGAAGAUGCAUUCUUUGGAGAUCAUUUCAGCAUGCUAAACUCAUCAUUUUACAUCAAUAUGAUCCUGCCUGAAAAACAAGCUACAAGCUUGGCUGUUGAGCUGGCCCACGUCAGAGCCGUGCUACGUAUGGUGUCUCACAUCCAGGCUAAACAUUCGCCAGUCCUUAUCAUCCAGCGGUACAUUCGAGGCUGGCUAACACGCAAGGCAUUUAACAUCAUGGCAAGAACCAAAGUAUGGGCUAUUGUAACCAUCCAACGCUACUGGAGGGCAUACAAAGGACUGGUAUGGAAGCCGUCGACCACUGAGAAGAAAGGACGGGCUGCCCCGCCCUCUACUGCAGCACUUGCCGUCGUUCCCACCAAGGUAUCUUCCGCUGUCCCCAAGGCCAUCUCCCCUGGCCCGGCCAUGAGCAGUACAGCCACUGAGACGUCCAUCUCGAGGAUGGAUUACGAUACAUACCUUAAGAACAGGAGACCGGGAUCAAAGUCACCCGUCAGCCAUUCCGUGGCAGAGAGGAGGCAGAGACUUGCAGAACUGCAGCAUGGGAAGCUUGUUGAGGAAAAGGAUUCCAUCACAACCCCCACAACUGCAGAUGGGUUUGUGAAACGAAGAGCAAACGUUGUAGCGAAAAUGAGGCAACUUCAUGGUGACCUCCAUCUUGUUUCUGAUGAAGAUCCUUUCUUGGAAGGGUUUGGACCAGGUGAUCCAAGGCCAGGUCUGAGUCGUAGCAUGGGUCAGGAUUACAAGAAACCAAGGAAACCUAAAGAGAAGAAGACCAAGAGGAAGAAGUCUAGGACCGUUCCGGAGAUGCUAGGUGCAUUGUCAGAUAGCGAACUGUUGAGGGACCGCUCUUCGGACGAAUAUUCAGAUGAGGAAGACACAGUGGUGAUUAAAUUCAGACUGUCUGGGUUGAGACCAGCGGUCAAUAGACUAGACCCGGUGCAGGACAUUCUCAUAUCAAAGCGAGAGGCUGGUCAAGAUGUGAGGAUGGGACUAGCUGCGGCCUUCACCCAUAAGAUGAGGACUACGGAACCGCCUCAGAAGCCUGUCCACAAGAAACCGAUGAACGCUGAUCAGAAGUUAUUUGCUCGAGCUCAGGGAACGAUGGGAAUGUCGUGUUUGAAAGCGGUGAUGCAGGCGUACCGGGACAGAGAGACGUCCGAUAAGCUCUCCGCCAAGGUGGACAAGGUGGCCAUGAUUAGAGAGCAGAAGGCUGAAGGCAAACUCAGGGCAAAGAACUUCCUGGAAGAGAAACGCCUCAAAGCCAUGCAGAAACGUGACAAGGAGAUCACCAGGAUCUCACAUGCAUAUGAAAAGCAGGCUAAUAGAGAGAUCGACGAGCUGGAGAAGAGGCGUGAGCUUCGAGGCAAAGAUUCAGAGAUCACCGCCAGGGUGCGCAAAGAGAACACAUUCAGUCAUGAAUUUGGUAGUCAGCACACAUCAAUAUCCAAUGCAUUGCUUCGCCAUGAUCGACAAGCAAGAGGUGAGAAGCUGUUACAAGAGAAAGAGGACUUUGUCCAAGCUGAGCACAAGCAUGAAAUGAGCCAGCGAGAACUGGUCCGUAGGUACCUAGAGCAUCGGCAAUUGAUGCGACAAGCGCAGGUUGCCGUUGAGAAGGCAGCUCAUGAUACAAGAGUAGCGGAGGAACACAACGACCGCCUGAUGGAUGCCAGGAUGAACGUCUCAAGGCAGAAAGAGAAAUCGAGACGGUUCCAGGCAUUCUACCCCCUUCCUAAAUGCCCCACCCAUCCUGUUCUACCCCCGGUGAGAAGAGAAGGCAAACCCGGUCAGUGGGAUACCCUGAUCUCCAUGUAUGAAGGAAGAGUGGGAAACCACCCAGCAAUCAUGGGUACUCUCUGAUUCUCACAAGAAUUCCAUCUUACCAUUAUCAAACCUAUGAAGAGUGUACAUGUUUCUUCUUGCUUUGGAUAAGAUCAAACAUUUUGGUGUAGUUAUUUCCUCUAGGUCAUUCUUGUUCUUACAUAACUAAGGCCAUAAGCAGAAAAAUGCUCCAUAUUGUGGAGAAAAUAUUGAAACCUCUCAAGGACUUUGCUAGAAGGUGAAAAGCCCAAUUAUGAACUCGCUUUGAAGUUUGCCAUGUCAAAGGCCAUGUCAACUUUGCCAAUAUUCUCUUUGGCUAUACUUUUCCUUCCAAAGGGAACUGGAAUGUUUUUAUUUUGUGGAUAAGAGAGGCUUUAUCAUCGUAUGAGUUUAUUACAAUCAGUUCAUCAUUCUGAUUUCAAGAGGCUACGUUUCAUCAUACCAUCAUCAUGUCUUCCUUCUUAAUCAGCUGAAUAUAAAAUGAAGCCAAAAUCUUGGAAUUAUUAAGACUUUCUGAAAAAACCCCACAAAAUAAAUGAUCAUGGUGACAAGUUUUUGUAUCAAAUUAGUGAAUGUUGGUAUCUUCUAUUUCAAGAACAAAUUACAGUUUCCUCAAUGAAAUGAGGUCAAUUAUUCAGGGUUUCAAAUAAAAAAACAUUUUAGAUUCAUAACGUUAUUUGAUGAUGUAAGGAUAUCAAAUUCUAUACGAAUGCAGAUUGUAUUUUUUUAUUUGUCUACCCUUUUUAUGAUGGAACAUGAAAUGCACAUGAGCACAUAACAUUUCUUUGUCUUCCAAUAAUGUUACAGUCAAAUUUGUAUUGGCGCACUCCUGCGCCCCAGGGCCUCACCUCAGGGGCAUACCCUACUGGAUUAUUUGAAAUUGUGAAUAUUCAACCAAAUUACAUCAUUGUGUAGGCCAACAUUUUGGAAUUAUUCUCUGACAUCAAUAAUGAAUGAUCAUAAUAAGUUUUUAUUUCAAAUUAGUGAAUGUUGGGAUCUUCUAUUUCAAAAAUAAAUUACACUUUCCUCAGUGCAAUGAGGUCAAUUAUUCAGGGUUUCAACAAAAUAAAAGAAAGAAAAUUCAAUAUGUUUGAUUCAAAGCAUUUUUUUAUGAUUUAAGCCUUUUUAAGGAUGUAAAAUUCUAUACAAAUGCAUAUUGUAUUUUCUUAUUUGUUUACCUACCUAUGUUUUUUCAUGUUGAAAUGAGAGAAGCACACAAUUUUUCUAUGUCUUCCAAUAAUGUUUACACUCAAUUUUUUAUUGCUGCCCCCCCCCCCCCGGCCGUACCCCACCUGAUCAUUUUGAAUUGUAAAUAACAUCAUUGUAUAGCAGUUAAGAAAAAGCAUUUAUAUAGAUAUGAAAAUUAACAUGAAAAGUUUGUGACAGUCAUAUUUGUACAGCUGUACAUGUAUUUCAAGUGCAAUAUUUUGUUCUUAUUUUGUUUUUUGUUUGAUGCCUUUUUUGUGAGAUGACUAAUUUGCAAUAAAGCUUUUUUUUCACCUUCUGGUAGUAACU